AUGGCAUCCAGGAAUGCGCUCCGUCGUGCACUGCUCUACAUCCCGGGCUCAUCGCAGCGCUUCAUUGACAAAUCACGCACAUUAACAGCCGACUGCGUAGCCUACGACCUAGAAGACAGCGUGACUCCGCACAAGAAAGCGGAAGCUCGUUCCCUGGUGCGGAGAGCUCUCGACCAGCCCGCACCCUCAGGCAUCCGCGAACGAGCAGUCCGCAUCAACUCCGUAGACAGCGGUCUAGCCCUAGCAGACCUAACAGAAGUUCUUCAAUCCCCCAAUCUAAGCACAGUCGUCAUCCCGAAAGUAAACUCAGCUUCCGACCUAACAUUCGUCAACGACGUCAUCACCCACACUCUUUCCCAGCAGCCCCAGUCCCAAGAUGCCUCCUCUCGACCUCCUAUCUCUCUCCUGGCUCUUGUCGAGUCGGCCAAAUCUUUGACCAACCUGACCCAGAUAUGCGCCUCCACUCCACUCCUUCAGGGCCUGAUUUUCGCCGCUGAGGAUUUCGCCCUCGACCUCAGCCUUACGCGGACCCCCGAUCUGACUGAAUUUCUUUUCGCCCGGUCUAUGAUUGCUACUGCUGCGAGGGCAGCGAAUCUGCCCUCUACUAUCGAUCUUGUCUGUACGACUUAUAAAUCGACUAAGGGUGAUGGAUCCCCGCCUGCUGUUUUGGAAGAGGAAUGUCGUGGUGGCAGGCAGUUGGGAUUCAAUGGGAAGCAGUGUAUCCAUCCUUCUCAGGUGCCGACUGUGCAGCAGAUCUUUGGCCCGGAUUCGGAUGAGGUUCAGUGGGCUGUGCGGGUGACUAUUGCAGAUGAUAAGGCGGCGGCUGCGGGUCGAGGUGCUUGGACGUUGGAUGGAAAGAUGAUUGAUGUCCCAGUUGCUGAAAAGGCCAGAGCAAUUGUGAAGAAAGCCGAGGCCUGCGGUUUCAAUGUUGAAGAAUUGCGCGAGAAGUGGCGCGACCAGGAGCCGGAGUAA